UCCACUGGCAGGUGACUGUCGUCUCCCCCGCGCGCUAUUGCCUUUAUUGGCGGUCGACGUAAGUUUUAGUUUAGUUUGUUACCUGCACUGGCUGCAGCAGAUCACCUGGCUGGUAGUGGCCACGAUGUGGGCCGCGUCGUCACUAUGGCUUUGUUGCCUGAGCGGGGCAGUGUUUGCGUCGGCAAGGGCCGACAAGAAAAUUCCGGCAUUCCCCAGCAGGUACAUGGCGCAAGGGACCAUCAGUCUGCCGUAUGCCGAGAUCGUUGAGCCCUACACGGCUUACGUUGAUGGCGACAAUGAUAGAAGCAGGAUCGACACGUACCACGGCCUGGCAUCGGUGUUCCGCCUCGGAAACGAGGGCGCGCACGGCACGAAGCUGAAAGUCGUCUACGAAACGACGGAACAAUUCCUGAACAAGCGGACCUGCUUCCAUUUGAACGGAUCGUCAUCCGCGCCGCUGCAUCACCACUCGCUGUUGCCCAACAACCCGGAGCGGUUCGAGUUUACCGAAACAAAGCAGUGCAGUUUUGGAAGCGCCGAGGUGUGUGAGGUAUACGGGUAUAAAGUGCAGCAUGGCGACAAGAUCGAUUAUUACACAUUCACAAUGAUGGUCCGGGAUGACGGCGCUUCCGUGCCAGUGCGAUUUCACUUCCUGGGAGCGGACCUGGUGUUUUCGUCACACUUCGACGAGUACAUCUUCACAUAUGACAAGUUCUAUGCAGUGACACUGGGGUUCCCUGCUGACACGUUUGUCCCACCUAUUGAAGAAUGCGUGGCGUUUCCCGCCGCUCCAGGGUCUGCGAUGCAACACCGGUGCACUGCGUUUGAUCGACUCACUGCAGCCCCGCUGCCUGAGGACAGCAUAGACGUCGCGUUCAGGAGCUUCAAAGCCAAGCACAGCAAGGCAUACGCAAACGCCAGGGAGCACUUUGAACGCAGCUGCGUAUACCGCGCCAGCCACCAUUUUGUCGAGUCGUCCAAUCGACGCAACCUUGGCUAUCGCUCCGAGUUGAAUCACCUGGCUGAUUUGUUUCCGGCCGAGAAAAGAAGACUGCGGGGCCUACUCCCAAGUACCGGAACCUCGUACCCAGCUGAUACGCUGUGGUUUGAAGCGGCUAAUCCGGCGCAAACCAUACCAGAGAGCCGCGAUUGGCGCAUCUACGGCGCAGUGACGUCCGUCAAGGAUCAAGGAAUAUGCGGCUCGUGCUGGGCGUUUGGCGUGACGGGCGUCAUCGAGGGAGCCUACUUCAUAAAGCAUGGCCGCCGCACCAUGCUGAGUGAGCAGAGCUUGAUCGACUGCACGUGGGGCGUGAAGAACCUGGGAUGCGAAGGUGGCCUCGAGGUACCUGCGUAUCAAUGGAUCAUGAACCACGGUGGAAUCGCCACGUCAGAAAGCUACGGCCCAUACCUGAUGCAGGAUGGCAAGUGUAACUAUGCCAACGCCACCAUUGGCACGACGAUCAGUGCGUACGUCCGCGUCAGGCCGCAUAACGAAACGGACUUGCUGCUGGCCUUGAUGGAACAACCGGUGGCAGUGAACAUUGAUGCUGGCCACGAGUCAUUUUCCUACUAUGCUAGUGGUGUUUACUAUGAGCCGAAAUGCCACAAUAAAAAAUCUGGUCUUGACCAUGCCGUGCUGGCCGUAGGGUUCGGGACACUCAACGGCGAUGACUAUUGGUUGGUGAAGAACUCCUGGUCGACGCACUGGGGCAACAACGGCUACGCUCUGAUGAGCCGUAAGAACAAUAACUGCGGAGUGGCCACUGAUGCACAGUUCGUUAGGCUGUAGAGUUUAGCCACUGGUGACGCACCUGCACUGACAAGCCUAUCCAGCUCCCUGUGACCUUGGCUGGAAUAUGGCAUGGUGUGGUUUAUUUUACUUAGCGCCGGUUGACUACUGAGUAGUGAUCAGCAUGCAAUACAAUCAUGUACAUCCACAUUGGGUUAUAAUAUACAAGUCGUAGGUUUUUGUGAUCUCGAUAUCGUCAACAAAAGGUAGUAUAGUGUAUUAGUGUGCAUUGUAACGUUACUUUGUGUAUGGGAUGCUGUGGCCGACUUCGUAUUUAUUCAUUAUUCUUGUGACCCACUGUGCGUAAAUUAGGUUUUGUCAUGAAGUUUCACUUCACCAUAGCUACACAUGAUGUGGUGAUUUGUUUUCAAAACAAACAUUUCAAAUGCAGUGAUUGCCACUGUCUGCCAUGCCACUAAGUUGGGCACUAACUUAGGUGCAUCGGUAAUGGAUCUAACGGUUUCGGUAGCACCUACUGGCUUCGGUAUAGAUGCACUCCAGUUUUCUUCUACCCCAAACUGUGGAGUUCGCUAAGAAAGUUGUGAACAUCA